GUCCGUCCAGCGGCCAAUCAGCGGCCGUCGUUAGACGUUAGGGGGCGACGUGGGGGGGAGACGGCAGAGAGCGGCGCUGCCAUUGGCUGCGCGCGUGCGGGGAGCGGUUUGAAUCGGCGGCGCCGGGCGGGGAGUAAUGGCAAAGUAUAAGAAAUGCCGACGGAAAAAGAGAGCCAGAGCAAAAUUUCUACUGGGAAAAAAAGGAGAUGCUGCAAAACCAAACCCUCAGGGCUCAGGCUGUCCUUCUCCACGGUCAGCAGGUGAUCUCGCUCUGAACACGUUGUCUGUCCCAAGCCAUCUGCCCUCACUCUGGUCAUUAGCCUUGCCCAGUGUAAAAAAUGUGGUAAAACCCUUUACAGCAACAGCAUCAUUUUUGUAUUGUUGGUGCCAGAACACGGUUGCGCAGAGCUUUAAGGUGGUUAAAGACACUAUAUUUCCAUCACAAACCUACUUAAGGGAGCUAAAUAUGUUCAGAGAGCAGCUGGAAAAGUUGGAAACUGAAUUUUCCAGACUAAAAGGAACCCUCCAGAUGAAUGGAAUUACAGCAGAAAAUUCUCUUUGUCAAAGGUGUAAUAAACCAGUUCUGCGUGCUCCUGUACAAACGCAGAUGGACCUGCCGUCAUCAGAAUCUGGCCCUUCUGCAAUACAGCUGCAGCCCGUAUCUGCACCCCCUCCACCUCUUCCUCCUCCUCCUCCGCCACCACCGCCACCACCACUGCCGCCACCAAGACUGCCUCCAGCGCCUCUCCUCCUCAAACGCGGCAACGGCUCUAAAGCACUUUUGGCACCAACAGUAAAAAAGGAUGGGCCGAUGCAGAUCACUCUAAAAGAUCUCCUGAAUGUUAAACUGAAGAAAACGAAUAGCAACCUGAGAAUGGACAAGGCAGAAUCACCAGCAAAGACACGCAGGGCGUUAAUUACAGUCUCAGAUUUACAGAGUGUUAGUCUGAGACCUAAAUCCAAGCCAUCAGCUCACGUUACGAACUCCUUAAUCACCCCUCCUAAAAAUCAGUUAGAUCUUCGAAAACAUCUGAAGAAAGUCAAUAUACAAAGAAGCCCUGGUGGCACUCCACUAAAUAGUAAAGAAAACAUGGAGUGUGGGUCUGGGCUGACACCAAUAAUGACACAGGCACUACGGCGCAAAUUUCAGAUGGCUCAUCCGAAGAGUCCCUCGCCAGCCCGGUUAAGCACUGCAAACAGCUUUGAUGAACAAAAGUAGGUUUAUAGAACAAUGUAUUUUACAUUCAUGGUCCGAAGAAGCCACUUGAAUCCCAUUUUUAUCUCACUCAAGCAUAUGUAUUUGUAACAAAAUC